AUUACAUUAUUAACUACAUUAUACAUGGAUAGUUUUAUUAUUUGAUAUAAUAAAAUCAUUAUAUUAAAAGAUUUGCAUAGGGAGUGGGAAGGAUGUUUCUAUUUAAAGAAAAACUUAUUUUCUCCAUUAUUUAUUUUCCUCGUCCUAUCUCAGAGGUUCCACCAGAGACAUCUCCACGAAGACGGAGCAUCUCUGGAACAAGCAAUCCCACAGAUACAUCAAAUACAUCACCUUUCCGAGUACCAGGAUUCUUUAGUAGACGACUUAGAGGCUCAAUCAAAAGAACAAAGAGCCAAUCUAAGCUAGAUAGGAAUACCAGCUUUCGGCGUCAGACCAUUGAAGAAAGGAUAAUUGCCGUCGAGAUGAGAAUGUGUUACGUCUUUGGAUCAUUGAAGCCAAAGGUUUGGCCCCCAAGAAGAAGUAUUUCUGUGAAAUAUGCCUGGAUGAAAUAUUAGUUGCCCGAACUACCAGUAAAUCAAAAGCUGACAAUAUUUUCUGGGGUGAACAGUUUGAGUUUUCUGGCCUUCCGCCCACUUAUCACAUUACAGUCCACAUCUACAAGGACACCGAAAAGAAAAAGAAAAACUAUAAGAAUAAUUACAUUGGUCUAGUCAGCAUUCCCAUAGCUACUGUCACCGGUCGACAAUUUGUGGAAAAAUGGUACACCAUCAGUACUCCCACAGUCAAUAAGGGGAAGUCGGGUGUGCCAUCCAUCCGGAUCAAGUCGCGGUACCAGACCAUCGUCGUCCUUCCUAUGGAAAAAUAUAAAGAGUUUGCUGAAUUUGUAACCAACAACUAUACUGAAUUAUGCUCCGUUUUGGAACCAGUCAUCAGUGUCCGAAACAAAGAGGAGAUGGCUUGUGCUAUGGUGCACAUUCUUCAGAGCACUGGUAAAGCAAAGGUAGGAAUAUGCACAACUACUGCUUACUUUGUUGGUGUAUACAACAGACAAUCCCAAAACCUACUUAUAACCGUUUUCCAAAGUUACAAUUGA